AUGUCGACAUUCUCGUUCAAGCUUGACCCUGCGUCGCUGCCGAAGCUCAAUGCACGCGGCGACAACUUCCCAGAGUACCGCUCCGCCUGGACCGUCGCCUUCCGGUACGCUGGCCUAUGGCCGAUCAUCUCCAAGAAGAAGUCGCGACCCGCUGCCCUCGCAGCAAACACGGAAGCGGCUGCUCUGGCUGCUCGAUCAGAGGCAAUCGACGCAUGGGACGCCGACGACACCAAAGCUCUCGUUAUGAUCCUCUCCUCUGUUCACAACGACCUGACACAGCAGGUCGCUGACUGUGAGACAUCGCCCGCCGCCUGGGACUACCUGACCAGCCGCUUUGAUCGCGACACUGGCCAAUCGUCCAUUAUGUUGUUCCGCAGCCUCACCAACCUGCGGUAUCGCGAUGGCGACGACCUGCGCCUCCACCUUGACGAGUUUCAC